UAAGAAGAGUUGGGAGCCGGGGAAAAGUCAGAAACCCUGGAGAAAAAAGCGAAUGGACCGAUAAACACGAACGUAAACUGAAAACAGAGACCCUGCCGAGGCGUCAGGCCGACUGUUAGGUAGUUGAUGAUGGACCCCAACAGUGAGACCAAGAAGAUGACCUCUUACCUUCCAGGCAACCCUUCCUCUGAGACCCAGAAACUGCCCCCCUCCAGAAGCCCAGGCUGCAGCUGGCUGGUGGUGGUCGCGGCUCUAGCGGCCUCUCUGAGCGGCCUGAUGCUGGGCUAUGAAAUGGGCCUGACCUCUGGAGUUCUGCUGCAGCUGCGGGGCCUCCUCUCCCUCUCCUGCCGGGAACAGGAACUGCUGGUCAGCUCCCACCUGCUCGGCUCUCUCUUCAUCUGCCUGGUCGGAGGUCCUAUUCUGGAUCGCUACGGCCGCCGCUGCUCUUUGCUCCUGAGCGCCGCCUUGGUGAUCGGAGGGAGCGUCGUGCUCAUCGCUCUCAACUCAUUUAUUGCACUCACCCUGGGCCGGGUGAUAGUUGGCAUGGGAACAGCGCUGUCGGGGACAGGAGCGUGCCUGUACAUUGCUGAGAUCUCCCCGAGGAAGAGGAGGGGUCUGCUGGUGACGCUGUACGAGCUGAUGUUGGUCGUGGGUGUAAUGCUGGGAUUCAGCUGUAGUUACGCUUUUGCUACUCUGCCCCAUGGCUGGGCGUAUACAUUUGGACUCGUAAUCCCCCCAGCGCUGUUGCAGAUCAGUGUACUCCUGUUCCUCCCACCCAGUCCACGCUUCCUGGUUACCCGUGGUAAAGUGGAGCAGGCCAGGACGGUGCUGGCCAGAAUGAGAGGUGGGGUUCAGGAGCAAGUGGAAAAGGAGCUCAGAGACAUCCAGGCAGGACUUAAAGAGGAGUCAGAGCACAGCUUCUGGGAGCUGUUCAGUAGCAAGGCCAACUUGCGUUCACGGCUGCUAACAGGUGUCGCCUUAGUCUUCCUUCAGCAGGCUACUGGUCAGCCCAACAUCCUCUCCUACGCUUCACCACUCCUCCGCAGUGUAGGCUUCGACAGCGACGCCGCUGCAACCUUGGCCUCCACAGGGUUCGGAGUGGUCAAAGUAGUCGCCACCAUCCCAGCCGUGUUGCUGGUCGACCGCGUGGGACCCAAGAGCUUUUUGUGUGUGGGUGCCGUCGCAAUGGGAAUGUCGCUCAUUGCACUUGGUACAUUGACACUGCAAAGCCACACUCACCUCACCAGCCUGUGUAAAAGUCACACGAUACCAAACCACACACAUACGCGGUGGGAUUUAAACGGAACCUCUCUAGACUUGAACAACAGUGACAUUUUUUCUACUGCCCUCCCCAGCCAAUGGAACAGUGAGGAGGCACAGCAGACUUACAGAGAGGGUGAUGGGCAGUCAGGAGGAGGAAGGACUUCUGUAGAAGUGUCCCCUUUACUGAAGUGGGCGUCAUUGAUCAGCUUGCUGGUGUAUGUAGCAGCCUUCUCCAUUAGCCUCGGGCCAAUGGUGUAUGUGGUUAUCAGUGAGAUCUUUCCAAUGGGAGUCAGAGGCAGAGCUGUGUCAGUGGUGUCGGCUGUAAACUGGGCUACUAACCUGCUCAUCUCCAUGACCUUCCUCACAUUUACAGAAAAGAUUGGUCUUCCCAAUGUGAUGUUUCUCUACGCUGCCAUGAGCUUUGUUCUACUGGUGUUCAUCAUCCUCUGUGUCCAUGAGACCAAAGGUUGCACGCUGGAGGAGAUAUCAAAAGAACUGGCUAAGAAGAAGCAUUUUGAGGCGAGACUCUGCAGGCAGGUUCAGCCUCAGGAGAGCCUGAUCAGCAGCAGCAGCAACACGUCCACAGGGAUUCCAGGAAACAUCUGACUUUAAAAAAAAAAAAACUGAGCACAACUGUACACCUCACCUGAAGGAGACUCGAGAGCAAUCAAGAAGGACACUAUAUUAGCACUGUUAAGAGCUUUGGGUACAACUCGCACAUCUCACACACAUUGCUGCAGUUCCAGCUGAUUCCGAUAAUGAUGCCUCUGCCGUAAAGGUCCUUCCUGCUACAUGCUGUGUAAUGGAAAUUGCAAAUAUGCAGGAAAUAAUUAAAUAAUGGGAGAAGUAUUUGUGAAUUUGCUCAAACAAGGACAUCUCAGGUAACACAAUGGGGAUUGGAUAUGUGAUUAUAUAAAAUAUAUAUUAUUUAUUUAAUUCCUGAGCUAUUCUAUUAAAUACAGCUCGAAUAAUGCAGAAAUUAACACUCCAGUAGUAGCCAGUAGAACGGAUGAAGCCCAUUGGAUGAGUGCUCAUACUGUACUACAGUUUUGUGAUGAACAUUUACAACAUAUUGCAUCGUUUGGACUAUCAUAGCAAAACCAAAUAUGUACUAAUCACUUCAAUUGUCUGUGUAUGCAACAGUUUUGGAUUGCAAAUGUAUUCCUUCUAACAUGACAUUAUUUAUAUGCUGCUCCCCGUCAUAUGUAAUGUAAUAACCCACUGUAAUCCACAUGGUGACAGAAAUAUGGAUGAAGGCCACAGUAGUCUUACAGUAGGAAGAUUUUACUUUACAUGUUAUGGGAACAAGCAAUGAACGCCUGGCUGCUGAAUCCUCAAAGACAAGCAGUCAGGCAAAGAAAUACUAAACUGCUCAGGUCUAGUAGUGAUAUUGGGUAGGCAAUAUAACGAUGAGUACUGUUGUAUUGUAAGAAGAAGUGUGAAAAGUGACAAAAUAGUUGCUUUCUUUUUACUUGUCAGUGAUGCCAAAAUGAUUCUUACUGUAGGGGAUGUUUUACUACAACAACGAAUGACUUGCGUGGACCUUUUCACAAUUUAAAAUCUGUACUUUGAUACCUCUCCUUAUCUUUUUCUGGUGUUGGAAUAAUGUAAUGAUGUAUUUGUAGACUGGCACCCCAUGAAAGUGCUGGACUCCACCUGUAAUCAGGACAUGCGUACACUAAAGAGGGGAAAUGAUGAGUAAAACAAAGUGAACAGUAGUUUUAUCAUGAACCUUUAUUUUUAUACAAAAUACAAAAUUCUGAACAAGUGUCACAAAUUUUCAGUCGACACUAGUUCAAAAAGUCCAUCCCACAUACUUAAGACAACAUGUCAAAGAUUUGAUCGACAUCUUUUCCAUCAGAUGCCUUUACUAUAUACAUACAUCUAUGUUGCCUGUCAUUAGGUUUUCCCAUUUAAAAACACUUUUUCUUGUUUAGGAGAAUGAUAUUCGAUGAAGGGUUUGUUUUAUUCGUAAGCACGGCCUCCGUGAACACUGUGAAUGGUCUUAUGUUACUUCAAAAAGCGUUGUAUGACUUAAUUGAAUGGCUGCUUUUGUAAUUAUGAGUUAUUUACCAAAUUACACUGCGUUUUCUCACUGAGUUUCUGUUACUUUUGUCCUGCAUCUUUACAGCAGUUUCCAAGACCCAUUCUGGUGAUAAACAUUUUUUUCUAGCGUUCACUAAAAAUGUAAUUUUGACUGCCUUGGCUCGUCUCAGCAGCAGCAGCGGCAGCGGCAGCAGCAGCAGCCUGGGACUAACCAGCAGCUGUGUCAAGUGAAAACGAGUGAGGUGAGGGGGUCAUUGGCUCAACAACG